GUGUGUGUAAGGAAGUGAGCAUUAGUGAUGAAGAGUUGGCAGUGAUUCUUUGCAGGAUCUGAGUUUUUGCGUGUGAACUGUGAAAUUUUCAAGUACCUAUGAAAGUAGUGAAGCCAUUUGAAAUUUUCCAAAAGAUAUUGAAGAAUGGUUCAAUGAAGCAAGGUCGUUUACUAGGCUUGGAUGUGGGAUACAGAUAUGUUGGUCUGGCUGUUUCAGAUACCUGUAAUAAAAUUGCAUCUCCAGUGAGUGUCUUGGUCAGGAAGAAGACAAACAUUGAAUCGAUGGCCAAUGAUUUUCAAUACUUGAUCUCAAGACUCUCACUUGUGGGCUUUGUUGUUGGGUUUCCUUUCAGUUUGCAUGGUCAACAUAAUUUGGAGGCAGUUCAAGUAAGGCUUUUCAUGGAGGAGCUGCGCAAGACAGGGAAGCUUGACGGUCUGUGCUACACAUAUUGGGAUGAAAACUAUACAUCAAAAUGUGUCGAAGCUUUGUUGCAACCAUUGAAUCUGCAUCCUGUAGAACACAAGACCAUCAUCGACAAAUUCGCUGCUGUAGGGAUACUUCAGGAGGAUUGUAAGGGCUCAGUUACACAGGAGAAGAAACGAAGACUCGAGGAAGAGGGAGGGGUCAAGUAAAUGAACAGAAAGGAGACGAAGUGAGGAGUCGGCCAGUUAAAAGAGGGAGAUGAAACGAAUAGUCGGGAACUCAGAGGUUACUUGCGAUAAAGCGAUACUAAUAGGAAGACAAUGCAAGUCCAGAAGAACAAAAAAGGAGGAGAAAGAGAAAGGAGGAGAGGGGAAAAGGAUGGGUGCAACUCACCUGCAUGGGAGGCUCGAGCGUAAUAGAGGAGAAUGCUUCGGUGACAAAGUAGAGGAGGCGAAGAAGAGCCGAAUGUGGAGCUCUCCCAUGUAGAGGAAGAAGGGGGAGCUCUCCCAUGCACUGAGGAUUCGUUUGCUCUGUUGCCAUGCGAAGGAGGAAGUAGGGGGUGCCAGCGUCGAGAGCUUUGAGCAAGCAACAAGAGUCUAGCGCAGAGGAAGAAGGAAGUCGACUAUGCCCUAAGCUUUCGGUGCAGAUGAUCGCGAGAAUAGGGGCAUAAGCGUCCGUACGAAGAAGAGAGGAAAAAUCAAGCUGAGGCAUUUGACCAAGCCUAAGGAGAAGAAAAGGAGUA